CCUACACAGUAGCUACAAGUAUGCAAACGCGAAGGAUUAAGUCGGUAAAUUUCGUUUGUAAGGAUCGACACACAUUUUAAGCAUUGUCGACAUCUUUAGUCGCUCGUAGUCAGUAGUGCGACUUUAUAAACGUACUACUCACACAGCCAGGCAAGAAUUAUUUUUCAUCUGCAGUGCUUAUAACUUAUGACGAAAUUUUCUCUCUCAAUGUAUUUGUCAACAUAACCAUUCCAAAAUCUGGAAUGGGUCAUGGAUGUUUGGAAAAUUAUAUAUGCUACCUAAAAGUCCAAUGUUGAUCCUUGCAACUUGCAAAAGUUGUUGACGAAGCAAAAAUUUGAAGCAGGUGUAUAACAACUCAAAGUUGACAAAAGUGUAAUGAAUUUUAUAAAUUGACAGUCGAGUUGUAAAAAAUAAGAAAUUGACUGUCGAGAUUAGACAAUUGGUUGUUGAGAAAAAAAUGUUAUACCGGAAAUGAAAAUUGAUACUUGAAAAAAUGGAAAUGAUGUGUUGAGUACUUGACUGUUGAGAAAUAUAUAAAUUGAUAGUCGAGAAAAAGAAAUCGUAUGUCGAGAUUUUUGACUGUACUUAGUGGUCAUCCGUUUAUUGUUAUUUUCAUGUCUAUAUUGAGUGCAAAUUAAUACGAACCUUGACAUCUUCAUAUACGUCGGAAGUAUUGCCGGAUAUACACAAAGUAACAUCCCCCCCAAACCAGACAUUUCGAUGUUCUACAAGAACUCACGGUUUAAGUUGCAGGAGGAGACGACAGGUUCUGUUGUUUAAACUAUCUUCAUUAAGUUCAUUUUAUCGUAUUGGAUUGUUUGUCAAUAAUGAUAUUUGUUUGCUCAAAAUCAAGAUGUUAUAGAGUAAUUUUCUUUCUAAUAAUGCCCAUAAUCGUUGGAAUAUUCUCGCAAUCUCUACCAAACAUUGUCACAAAGGAAACUGGAACUCAACAAAUCUUUAAGUGUGAUGUAAGCUUGACUGGCGACAGCACUGUGAAAUUUUUUCGUAACAAUAAGAAAAUAAUUCCUAGCGACAGAAUCAAAGUCAACGGAACAUUUCUCAUCAUGUCUGAUUUAAAAGUGUUGGAUGGUGGGCAAUAUUCAUGUAAAUUUGAUAGUAAAAAAACAAUUUUCUUGGGUUAUCUUAUUGUCCAACCAGUAAAAAAAUAUAAAUUUACGAUUUAUCCAGAAGAUGUGACCAGUAAAGUUACUGAAGGUUCAAACUUUGAAUUUCGUUGUGAGUAUGGAAAAGGAUCAACAAAAAUUAAAUGGUACAGGCGACGAAGACUAAAUGGUACAGAAGUUGGGGAUUAUGUUCCUGAAAAUCUUAUUACUAUUAGAACAACUCUUCAAAAAAGUUUUGAAGUGUAUUGCAUUCCAAGAGUGUCUAUAAACGAUGCAGGUGUUUACAGAUGUGAAGUUGAUGGAAAAAAUAACAGGAUAAUUUCAUCCAAUAUACGCAUUCUAGAAGUCAUAGAAAGAAGAGCGGCUAAAUUUAAAUCUGUGAAAAAAUCUUUUAAUUUUAAUGAAACUAAGAAAGCUGAGAUAACGCUUUUUGUUGAGGAAUAUCCAUUUCCAAAUAUCACUUGUUAUAAGGAUGGCAAAGAAAUUAUAUUUUGUAUUGGAAAGAAAAUGAAAAAUAUUCCAAAAAUCGAUUCAUUGGCCUGCGAACAGGAUCAAUAUGGAUCAAACGGUGUCCCUCAGUUGAUUAUUCAAUCAAUUUCUUUUGUGAGAGAUGAUGGAAACUACAAAUGUGUUGCCACUACUAACAAUCCUCCUGGGAAGGACGGAUGUCUCCUAAAUAACGGAGGAUGUGAUCACCUUUGCAAUAAUACGAAAGGAGGUUUCAGUUGUUCUUGCCAUCCUGGAUAUCAAUUGGAUCCAACCAACUCGAGUCGUUGCAUUGAUAUAAAUGAAUGUUUAGUGGAAAAUGGUGGCUGCUCUCAAUUAUGUAACAACACUAUGGGAGGAUACAAAUGUCAUUGUAGAGCGAUGCAUGAACUUGAUUUGGACGGAAAGACAUGCAAACAUUGUCCCACUUGUGAAACUUUUGGAAGUGCAGUUAAAAUUAUUGAGGAACUGCAAGCGGAGGUUAAAGCCUUACAAAGACGGUUUUCUCAAUUAACAUUGAAAAACGACGAAUGUUUGUAUAAAGGAAAAACUUAUAAGAACAGAGACAAUUGGGACGACGGUGAAUGUUGGCGUUGCUAUUGUCAGAAUGGUCAAGUGCUAUGUUUUCAAGAAAAAGAUUGUUUUCAAGCAGACUCUCCAGCACUAUAUCCCGCAGUGGGUAGCAGCAGUAAUCAAAAGAAGUAAGAAAUUAAACGAGCAGAAAUUCAAACUAUGGCCAGAAACAAAACAAGAAAUGCAAUAUUAGAUCUAGUAGAAGUAAUCUUUUUUGUAUUAGAGACAAAGAUCAUUAGAGUUAGUAGUAUAAAGUAAGAAUAUUUUUAGUAAUUGUCAACAUGAUAAUAGAAAAUGGUUUACAAGACAGAAAAAGUUUAGUAAAAAACACUUGCGUUUUUUAGCCAGAAA